UAGACACACACACAAGCACAUACUCACACAGACACCCACCCUGCUGUGCCUGCAGCUGGUUAAACCCUGCUGUUAGGCCUCUUCCUGUGAGGAGCUAAGCUCAGCUCAGUCAUGAAGCGGCAGUUGGAGCUAGCGGCAUUGGGCCUGGGCAUUGCAGGCUGGCUGUGCGCCAUCCUCACCCGCUGCCUGCCCCUGUGGAAAGUCAGCGGCACUCUGGACAACUCCACAGCCACGCUGCCAGCAUACUGGGAUGGGGUGUGGCUGGAAUGGGACCACUGGGACCUCAACCAUGACGGUAGCCUCCACUGCUCCUUCUACCAGUCUUUGUUAUCCCUCUCUGGAAACUUCCAAACAUGGAGAAGCUUGAUCAUGGCUUCUAUAGGUGCUGGAGCUUUUGCUGUGGUCAUCAGUAUCAUUGGAGAGGUGUGGUUUCCGAAGAGGAAUCAGGUGAAAGUUGUCUCCGGUGUGGUGUUUGUGCUGUCUGGAAUGCUGCUGCUUGUCCCUGUCGCUUGGACCUGCCACCACACUAAUGAGCCACUGGAGGGCGCUGUGGUGCUGAGGAGAGACUGGGGAGCUGCUCUGUACACAGGAUGGAUCUCCUUCUCUCUGACGGUAGUAGGGGGAGGGUUUCUCAGUACUAGAUGCCUCAUGUUCCAGCAGCAGGAUGAGUCAGAAAGAGGGAGUUACCCUCCAGGUUAUCCUGUGGCAGAGCAGGAGCCAACCAACCCCCUGGAUACUAUCCACAGGACUGCUUUUAGACACAGCCAGUAUGCUCGGGCAACAACACGGCCUUCAUGAGAAGAUGCAAUCACUCUGAGGGCCUUGAGUGAGGAAUCUUCCACCUAUGAAUUAUUCUUCUGUGAAAUUCUACCUAAAUUGCAUGUGUACUAGGUAUGAAUGGAUUUCUAGGUACUAUAGACAAUGUUAGAAGUCAUUCUUCUACUGCAAUGAAGCACUUUGAAAGAUGUUGAAGAAUUUAUAAUAGGAGUAGGAGUAGCACUACCCAUGGAGAGUUAAUUGCGCUUUCAACUGUAAUAAUUGGGUCUGAAAUGUUGUCAACUUGCUUAAUUUUUGUAUUGGUGGUGAGGGUUAAGCAUCUAAGUGUUACAUUGCCUUCAGAAAGUAUUCACACCCCUUGACUUUUUCCACAAUUUGUUGUGCUACAGCCUGAAUUAAACAAUUAUUACAUUUAGAUUU